AACUUCAUGUACCAAUCUACAGAAGACAAGUCACUGAAUUUUGUACAAAAUUGGAACAUUGUUGUGCUUGGUUAUUUGUAUGGCAUCAGCGACUGUGAAUUUCUACGGUCUGAGCUUUCCACUUUAAUGGAAGACUUUUGGCACACUGUGAAAUCUUCAGCUACCUAAAAGAAAACAGUUUGAUAAUGGAAUGCCAUUGGCUAAAAAGGAAGGACCUGCAAACUGCAUUAUAAUAUUUAGAGAUCAACCAGCAAAUGUGUCUUUGCCUUUAGUGACUCCAGAUUCAGACUUCAAUAUGCACAAGGAAUUUGCUUCCACAACACCUACAGAGUAGACUGUUCAACGCAUCCCAAGUCUUCCUCUGGCAAGAACUGGCAUUAACACUCAAUGUUCAGAACACUUUAUAUUGUACAGAUGAGGAGAAAAGUGAAAAAAGGGAACAUCUCUUUCAUUUUAUAAUUUACUGUAUUCCACAAAACUAGAAACACCAAGGAGUCUUGGAGAAUAGUUGACUAUGGCAGUUCACAAAGGAGUAGAAAUGCCAGAACUCUGUUUAUGGAUGUUUGUUCUGUUUGCCCUUUUAUAUACGGGCCAAGUACAGGCAGACUGCUGGCUGAUCGAAGGAGACAAGGGUUUCGUUUGGCUAGCUAUUUGCAGUCAAAACCAGCCACCUUAUGAGUCGAUACCACAGCACAUUAAUAGCACCAUUGUGGACCUUCGGCUCAACGAGAAUAAGAUAAAAAGUGUCCACUACUCAUCACUAAGCCGUUUUGGCAACCUGACUUACCUCAACCUCACCAAGAAUGAGGUGUCCUACAUUGAAGAUGGAGCCUUUGCUGGUCAGUUCAAUCUGCAAGUGCUCCAGCUUGGCUACAAUAGAUUAAGAAAUCUCACAGAGGGAAUUCUUAGGGGGCUGGGCAAGUUGGAGUAUCUCUACCUCCAAGCGAACCUUAUCGAAACUGUGACUCCUAAUGCCUUCUGGGAGUGCCCAAACAUUAUGAACAUUGACUUAUCAAUGAAUCGGAUCCAGAGGCUGGACAGUAGCACCUUUGCAGGACUCAGUAAGUUAACUGUGUGUGAAUUGUACAGUAAUCCUUUCUAUUGCUCAUGUGAGCUUCUGGGCUUCCUAAAGUGGCUGGACAUAUUUACCAAUAUGACACGCACCUUUGACCGCAUGCAGUGCGAUUCCCCACCGGACUACAGUGGUUACUUUUUGUUGGGUCAAGGAAGAUCCAACUACCGCAAUGCUCUUGGCAUGCUGUCUGCUCUGUGCAAAGAUGGUUCAUAUACAAUGAUGCCGCAUUUGAUGUCUCCAAGGUACCAAGCCACCACUGGCCCUCCUGAAAACCCUUGUGCUGAAGAAGACUGUUUUUCUGGAGAUGGGACUACACCCCUCAUUAAUGUAUAUACUCCUCCUGCCAAUUCCAAAGUCAGCCUCAGUGUUAAUUUGAACACAGAAACACAUUCUGAUGCAGUUCUAGUUGCAGAAAUUCCAUACCCCUACAGCAAGAUGUACAUCCUGGUUCAAUACAAUAAUAGCUUCUUUACUGACAUUCGGAACCUGAAGUCAGAGAAAGAGUCCAUUAGGUUGGAUGGGUUGAAACCCAAUACAAAUUACACUUACUGCGUUGCAUCUAUUCGCAACUCUCUCAGGUUCAACCACACCUGCAUAGCCUUCUAUACACGCAGCCAUACCAAACAAGAACAUGUGCCUACGCCUUCCACCGCCACUCACUACAUCAUGACUAUCCUUGGCUGCCUGUUUGGUAUGGUCAUCAUUUUGGGUAUUGUGUAUUACUGCCUGCGCAAAAGGCGCCAAAAGGAGGAAAAGCACAAAAAAGCCGGUAGUACUAUGAAAAAAACAAUCAUUGAACUGAAGUAUGGUCCCGAAAUGGAGACUCCCAGUAUCAGUCAGCUGUCUCAAGGUCAGAUGAUGGGUCCAGAGACAAUGUCACGCAUCCCUUACUUGCCAUCAGUGGGGGAAGUGGAGCAAUACAAACUUAUUGAAACCAGUGAGACACCUAAGGCAACUAAAGGGAACUACAUGGAGGUACGAACUGGUGAACAGUCUGAUAGAAGGGAUUGCGAAUUGUCAAUGCCCCAAGACACACAGAGUUCUGUGGCUGAGAUAUCUACUAUUGCAAAAGAAGUGGACAAAGUUAAUCAGAUCAUUAAUAACUGUAUAGAUGCUCUGAAAUCAGAAACCACUUCAUUCCAAGGGGUGAAGUCUGGAGCUGUGUCGACAGCAGAGCCCCAACUGGUAUUAAUAUCAGAACAGAUACCCAGCAAACAUGGCUUUCUUUCCCCAGUAUAUAAGGACAGCUAUGGCCACCCAUUGCAGAGGCAUCAUAGCAUGGAAGUGCCACAAAAACGCUCUAGCACAUCUUCCAGUGGCUCUAUCCGUAGCCCCAGAUCCUUUCGGUCUGAAGGAUCAGCACACAAAUCUGAAGCAAAAUACAUUGAGAAGACUUCCCCAACCGCUGACACCAUCCUCACUGUGACUCCAGCUGCUGCCAUCUUGAGAGCAGAAGCUGAAAAGAUUCGCCAGUACACAGAGCACCGGCACUCUUAUCCAGGCUCGCAUCAGUCUGAGCCACAGCAACAACAACAGCAGCAACAACAGUCUCUUCCUCAGCAUGAAAACAUGGGAGUACGUAAAACUUCCAUAUUGGAACCUUUGACCCGGCCCAGACCCAGGGAACUGGCUUAUUCCCAACUUUCACCUCACUACCACAACCUAAGCUACUCCUCCAGUCCAGAAUAUACAUGCAAGCCCUCCCACAGCAUCUGGGAGCGUUUCAAACUCCACCGCAAGCGCCACAAAGAGGAAGAUUACAUGGCAGCUGGCCACGCUCUGCGCAAAAAGGUCCAGUUUGCCAAAGAUGAGGAUCUUCAUGACAUCUUAGACUACUGGAAGGGUGUCUCUGCCCAGCACAAGUCCUGAGUCCUCAACUCUCCCCUUUGCCUCCAGCUAUCUGUGACUUCAUUUUUAUUUUUUAUUUUAGAAAUCCUAACCCUGCCCUAGCCAGAGAGCCCAGCAGAGCAUUGUGGGUACAGCCCUCUGCAGGGCUCUAGUGGAAAAGAGGUUAACAGGACCAAAAUCAAA